GGCCGCUUCCGGCGUGCCGGCCAUAGAGGCGGCCUCCCACUCUCCCCGCCCGGCGGAGGUAAAGACGGCGAGAGGGGGGAGAGAGCGCCGCCGGAAGACGGAGCCGUAGAGGUGGAAUGGCGGCCAGAGUGCCGCCGGAAGGCGGAGCAGUAGAGGUGGAAGGGCGGCCGGAGUGCCGCCGGAAGGCGGAGCAGUAGAGGCGAAGGCCUCCGAGGACAGAGCGGCCCUGGGCGGACCUGGUUCCGGGCAUCAUGUCUUACGCGUAUCUGUUUAAGUACAUCAUCAUCGGCGAUACCGAGCCCCGGCGAGGAGUUUCCCAGCUCCAGGGCCCCGGCGGGCACAAGGGAUGUCUCCCAGCGUGUCCCGUCUCCGCAGGUGUCGAGUUCGGGGCGCGCAUGAUUGGCAUCGACAACAAGCAGAUCAAGCUGCAGAUCUGGGACACGGCCGGACAGGAGUCUUUCCGCUCGAUCACGCGUUCUUACUACCGGGGAGCAGCCGGGGCGCUGCUGGUUUACGACAUCACCAGGCGCGAGACCUUCAACCACUUGACGUCCUGGCUGGAAGAUGCGCGCCAGCACUCCAGCUCCAACAUGGUCAUUAUGCUCAUCGGGAACAAGAGUGAUCUGGAGUCGCGGCGGGAUGUGCGGAAGGAGGAGGGCGAAGCCUUCGCCCGGGAGCACGGGCUGGUCUUCAUGGAGACAUCGGCUAAGACAGCGGCCAACGUUGAAGAGGCUUUUAUUGACACGGCCAAGGAGAUCUACCGCAAGAUCCAGCAGGGCUUGUUCGACGUGAGCAACGAGGCCAACGGCAUCAAAAUCGGCCCGCAGCAGCCUGCGGGGACGGUGCCAGGAUCCGCCACCCGGCACAGCGCUCCGGGCUCAGGAGAUGGCUCCGGCUGCUGCUGAGGGCGCUCGCUCUCGUCCGCAUUGGAUCGGAUCUUCCCUCCGCGGCUUGGGGGCGAGGACGGCGGCACCAUGUUAUUUUCCCCUUGCGCUUCAGGGGUUGAGGCCGCCCCACGUCAGUGCCUUUUCCCCCCCCCGAUUGCCACCGCUGCCAGAUGCAUUUCUUGCUGCUGGAGGGGAUCCGGGGGUGGCUCGUCGGUUCCCGCGGCUUUAGUGCCGUCUCUGCUGCCUGUAAACGAGCUUUGUCUUUUUACUUUUUAACCCUGUUUCCCGCUUGCGGCGGGCUCUCUCCGUUGCUAAACGCCGUCACACUGUCAGCCGGCUCCGUAAAUCCGGAAUUGCCCUCAAACUGCAAUAUUUUGGGGGCAGAAAUUCCCACCCCGCAGCCCCACUCAUCACAGCAGCACCCUGAUUUCCUUUCCGCUUCAUUCCCACAAAUAGUCCCAUUCCUCCUUCUGCCAAAAUUAACCUGUCCCCCCGCCCCCCCGAUGUGUUUUGCUCUGGUAAGGGAGAAAAAAAAAUCACAACCCAAUGCAGCCCCAACGUACCUAUGUAAAUUUUUGAGCUGAUACGGGUUGUUUUCCUUUUUCUUUUUCCUUCUUUUCUCCCCCCUACUUGUGCUGCUUGCAGCGAUGGAGGGGAGGAUGAGCAGUCGGGAUAAAACGCUUUGGCCAAAAUCGCGGCGUUUCGCCCUCUUCCUCCUUGCCAUAGGAAAAAAACAGCAAAAUAUGUUUAGAAAAACACCAAAAAUAUGUAUUUUUUUUUCUAAAGUGACAGAUCCUUGACGUUCACCUGCUCUGCUUUAUAAAAAGGAAUAUGAAGGGGUUUUCAAGUCCCUCCCGCCCCUUCCUUAAUGAUUUCUUUGGGAAAGAUGAAAACGUGCAGCAGUGGGAUUUUCACCACCACCCCCUUUAGGAAAAUGAACUGUUCAAGUUUUAAAAAACUGCUUUUUUUUCCCCCAUGGAUUUGUGCGAAAACAGUUUUAGUGGGGAAAGGAAAAAAAUCUUUAAGGCUGAGGCUCUGCCCCAACUUUGCCUUGUCUUGGGGUAAAACGCUGCUGCGUAAAAUGGGUAGAAAUGGGUUUUUGGGGCCCAGCGUGGGUUUUCCCCUGCUUCCAAGGUGGGGGAGGAUUGGGGGACGAUUUUUAAACUUUGUGGUGGGUUUUAACUGCUCAUUUUGGGGGUUUACGUGCCAGAAAAGCAGCUGGUAGGAGGAGUGUAAAUAUGACUUUGUGUGGCUAAAUCCCCAUUUUUGCUGAUUUUCUGCAUUUGAGUAUAUAAGAAAACACGCUAAAGGGGGGGGUAAUGUGCUUUUGGGGGCUGCGAGCUUCCCCAUUUUGAGCUUUUUAUUGGUCUUUUUUUUCUUGCACUUUAUUAAUAAUGAAAAUAAAGCCCAAGCAGGAGGCCAGGAGGCAAAUCUGAGCUUCCAGCUUGCUUAAAAAGCA